AUGUUAUCAAGGCUUUGCCAGUCUGUUCAAAGAGUAGCCUUUAGGAGGUUUAGUACAUCAGCAGUGGCAUCUGAAGAGCCUAAUUUCUUAGAGAUGGUGAACAUAAACUAUGAUAGAGCUUGCCAGCACCUUGAUAUCGACCCAGCAGUCUUAGAGCUCAUUAAGCGUUGUGACUCCUCGUUAACAAUGACAAUUCCACUCAGGAGAGAUGACGGCGCAGUCGAAUAUUUCACAGCCUAUAGAGCUCAGCAUUCCAGGCAUCGCACUCCAACUAAAGGAGGCACAAGGUAUGCUCCAGACGUCGAUCUCGUGGAAGUAACUGCAUUAGCGUUCUUAAUGACAUUGAAAUGUGCCUGUGUAAAUUUGCCAUUCGGUGGUGGGAAAGGUGGCAUCAAGCUUGACCCAAAAACAUUAAGUCUCGGUGAAUUGGAAAGGCUGACAAGAAGAUAUGCCAUUGAGCUGGCUAAAAAAGGAUUUUUAAAUCCAGCCACAGAUGUGCCAGGACCUGACCUUGGAACCGGAGAAAAAGAAAUGGCCUGGAUGAUGGAAGCCUAUAGAUUUUAUAACUACGACAAUAUUUAUGCAACAGCCACCACUACUGGGAAACCAGUCUCAUUUGGAGGAAUUUCAGGGAGAACUGAAUCUACAGGGCUUGGACUUUAUUAUUGCUUAAGAGAAUUCCUUAAUGAUGCUUACUAUACAACUCCAGUAGGGUUGAAGACAGGAAUUAAAGAUAAAUCACUUAUCGUCCAAGGCUUUGGAAACGUGGGUUAUUGGGCUGCAAAUUUCUUAGAAAGAGAUGGGGCUAAAUUAUUAGGUGUUAUUGAAAGAGAUGGUGCUGUCUUUAAUGAAAGCGGAAUAUCAGUAGAUGAAGUGAAAAAGUAUUUAAUUAAAAAAGGCACCUUGAAAGGCUUCCCUAAAGCUCAAUUCUAUGAAGACGUCCAAGACGUUUUCAAAAAACCGUGCGAUGUCCUUAUUCCUGCAGCCGUUGAAAGAUCGAUCACAGGCAAAAACGCUGUCAACUUCAACUGUAAAAUUGUAGCUGAAGGAGGAAAUGGCCCUACAACCCCAAGAGGAGAAGAUGUGCUGGCAUCAAAAGGAAUCCUUGUACUUCCAGAUUUAUUGAUGAAUGCUGGAGGUGUCACUGUUUCUUAUUUCGAAUAUGUAAAGAAUCUUGGGUUUAUCAGACCUGGAAUGUUGACUAGAAAACUAGAAUCAACUACAAAUAAAUGGAUUAUUGACAAAGUUAUGCAAGGAGACACAAAACCAAGCAAAGGCACAAUCAGCAAAAUCCUCGAUGGGCCAAGUGAGCAAGAUUUGGUUUAUUCUGGUCUUGAAGAUGUGAUGUGUGAAGCAGUGGCUGAAACCAAAAAAACUAGCCAAGAAAAAGGAAUUUCUUUAAGACUUGCAGCAUAUACAAAUUCUAUCAAAAGAAUCUAUGACUCAAUGAAGCUCACUCUUUAA